AUGACUGACCCAGAUACUGUAGCAGAGUUCAAGAAGGUUUUCGAGUUCUACGAUACUAACAAGGAUGGACAUAUCACAACUGCCGAGUUGGGUGCUGUUAUGAAGUCGUUGGGCCAGAACCCAACUGAGGAGGAGCUGAAAGACAUCAUCAGUGAGGUUGAUGCCGAUGGCAAUGGUUCGAUCGAGUUCCCAGAGUUCUUGGCUAUGAUGACAAGCAGCAAACUUACAGAGAGUGUCAACAAGGAGGACGAGAUCCGUGCCUCAUUCAAGGUGUUUGACAUUGAUGGAAAUGGAUUCAUCACCAAGACUGAGUUGCGUCAGGCCAUGUUGAACAUGGGUGAGAAGUUGUCAGAGACUGAGAUUGACGAGAUGAUCAAGGAGGCUGAUGUCGAUGGAGAUGGACAGAUCAACUAUGAGGAGUUUGCCAAGAUGAUUGCCAAG